AGGGAUUAACAUGAGCUUAUAUGUUAUGAAAUGCAAAGAAAUGUCAAUCAAAUGGAAUAGACUGUCAUUGAAGAAGAGAAAGUAUAUUUGUGUGAUAUUUCAUAUAUUGUAGGGGAAGUGUGCCUUGGUUAUUUUUCUUAAAUUGUUUUAAAGUAGCUUUCUGACAACUGACACUGACCUCAGUUCGUUUAGAAUUUAAGAUCUCGUUAUUAAUUUUAUUUAUUUAUGCAGUUGAGUGUGGUGCUCUUAUUUAUACUUGCAGUUUCAGUGACGUUUGUGCUUUUAACCGUUGACAGAUUACAGCCUCUGUUUUUUUCGGUAUCUUUUGCUUAAGCCUUUAUUGGUGCAGUCAUGUGAGAACACAGUUUUAGGCACGCACAGUAGGCCUUGUCAGGUGAGGAAAUGGGUGGAGUUUUCCUGACUUGGUCAUUUGCAAUGGAGAUGGUAGCCUAUAGCAGCGAGGUUUUAGCACAUAUCCGCCGUUGGACCGGUUUGCUUUGAGGAUGGCUCUGCUUAUUCAUCCCGGUCAUAAAGCCGAGCUGAGCCCAAAGCUGAGAGCACAUCGUGCAGCUGAGCCGUUUCCUACUCAAUUCUGAUGCUGAUGGCCUCGUUAAGGCGAGGAUUGCAUCUUUUCUCUGCUGGCUGCGGGAAUCCUCACCACGGCCAUUUUCACGGUCACACCACCCGCGGGCAUCCAGAGGUGGCAAACUAAACGAACCCGCGGGGGGUUCCAAGCAGGGGGAAGCACUUGGGCUUCUUAUCACGGGUUAGGCGUGGUGUUAAAAUGCUCAAGAACAUCCCACCCCUAGUGUGCUGCUGUACGAUUAGUAAUAUGAAAUAGAUUUUUAAAUUGGUAUGAAUUUGUUUUAUUACUUCUGCCUCCUUCUAAUGUCUCCACUAGUUACAAAAUCCCACCAUGCGCAAAACCACAUGUCGUUGUCGAUGGGUUUGAUGCAGGGCAGCAAACUGAUUAUCCAGCAUUUUAAGGGCCUAAUCUUGGUGAUAAGCAAAGCCUACACGUGUCACCUAAUGUCUAAAUACAAAAAGCUGCCCGUUUUCUUUUUUUUAUGGAAGUUUAACUUGCAUAAAAAUAUUUUACUAUUGGCUACUAUACAAGAAACUGCCAUCCAUGAACUUUCCAUGCAUAAAUAGGCCUUGCGCACAUCAGGACCAUGCAACCCCCCUCCCCACCUGUGUGCUUGUUGUGGCUCCAUGUGGUGAGGGGCUACUGUGAUAGGUCCAGAGGGUUAAUGGGACUGGCCUACAGGGCAGCAGCCUCCCAAGAUAUAAAGCCUCAGCUGUACAACAGCAAAAGAUAUAAGGAGAACCAGACGAUAGAUGCGCUUUUACGCAUGAAAGAAGGGACCUUUUGUUUUUUACGCACGGCAAACCAUUAAGGCCUCUUUGGCACAGCACAGUUUCUACGCGUUUUUUCAACAUUCUUCAUGCGGCCAUGACUCUCUCCAGUGAAUCUGAAACAUCACAACACGCUGGAUUGCCUGCAGAGGAGGAUGAGAUUGACAUAGUGGGCGAGGAGGAGCAGCAUGCCCAUGGGCUGUUAUAUCGUAACGAGUCCUCUACGGACCCCGGUUCCUCAGCAGAAUCUGGUGCUGAAUUUGACUCUUCAGAGCCAGAGUCCUCGGGAGAGAGCGAGAACAGUUUCUGCGCAGAUGCACCGCCGUCCAGGAGAGCCCAGAGCAGCUCGGUGAAGCCCCCCUACUCUUAUAUUGCCCUCAUCACCAUGGCCAUCCUUCAGAGCCCGCAGAAGAAGCUGACACUCAGUGGCAUAUGUGACUUCAUCAGCAACAAGUUUCCCUACUACAGAGACAAAUUUCCCGCUUGGCAGAACUCGAUCAGGCACAACCUCUCUCUCAACGACUGUUUCAUCAAGAUCCCGAGGGAGCCUGGAAACCCGGGCAAAGGUAACUACUGGUCUCUGGACCCUGCUUCGGAGGACAUGUUCGACAACGGCAGCUUCCUUCGCCGACGAAAGCGAUUCAAGAGAAACCAGCCAGAGUUUGGCAAAGACGGACUAAUGUUUUACUCCGGCAUGAACUGUUACCGGCCGUACGGGCAACCAUACAGCGUACAGGGCCAGGUAAGCCCUACACCUGCAGCUAGUGUUAGGUACAUGCCCCUGCAGGAUGGCAUCAUGAUACCUCCCUCUCCCUACCACCUUGUACCACAAGUUCUGAACAGUCACGGGAAGUGCGGUGGGCCUAAAGACUUCAGAGCGCAACUGUGCGCAACAGAACCCGCUGAGCCAAAGCCUGGCCCGCAGGCAAGGUGCUCCUUCAGCAUUGACAGCAUAAUGAGCAGACCCUCUACUAUCAGUCAUCAGAACCUAAAUCCUCAGCAAAGCGCCCCAAGCGCUCUUGGAUACGGUCAUCUCAUGUCGGGCUCCACUGCCUGUUUGGUACCGACGCUCCUGCAAACUUCCAGGACUCCAUUCUGCCCUCCUCCUCUGCUUAGCACCGCUCCUUUAAUAAAUGAGCAUCUCAGACUCUCCUACCCUCGCUGCUGAAGCUUUUGGUUCUAAGAAACUGUAUGUUUGAUGCCAUGUGUAGUUCGUUUCUUACAGAAAUAUUUAAAUUGCAUGAUAUUUAUGUGCGCUGACAUUCAAAACUAUGUCUUUUAAGAGAGCAAUGUAAAUAAGUAAUAUAUCUGGUAAUGGUAAUAUAUGUGUGAAAGUCGCUGCAGUAGAAAAUCUGGUUGAUUAAUAUGUUUUUGUUAUUAACUAAUGUGUCGAAAUAAAUGUCUGAAAAAUAA